AUGCCCCAGACAUCAACACAGCUAUUGCAACUGCAACAGGCGCUGGAGGAGUUUGAAUUCGGCAUGCCACAUGUCGGAGACGGAGGACUUGCAACAGACGGUAUUGCGGCAGAAAGUGCACCUCAAGACACUGGAACGGAAUGCCCAGAUGCGUUCUAG